AUGUCCGAUAUGGAGCUGCCGAACAAAGAUGGAAUCUCAGGUCAAGCCACAGCAUUCGAGAUCAAGGCUCAUGAGCCAGAGAUUGAAAUCCAGGCCUCACUACAUAGAUCUCGAAUACUUAGAAAGCUGGACAUGCGUAUCCUACCAAUGAUGCUUAUUACUUACGGUCUUCAAUUUCUCGACAAAGCAAUUCUAGGCUACGCUGCUGUUUACACUUUCAGAGAGGAUACGCACCUUCAUGGACAACAGUAUAGCUGGGUUGGAUCAAUAUUUUACUUUGGCUACUUCCUAUUCGAGUAUUCUCUCGCCAGUCUUCUCCAUUCGUUCCCUGCAUCAGUAUACCUUGGAUUUUUUAUUAGUGCGUGGGGAAUAUGUGUUCUUAUGACCAACUUUUGCACCAGUUUUGCUGGACUUAUGGUGAAUCGGUUCGUCUUGGGAGCAUUGGAGUCUGUCGUGGCUCCUAGCUUUGUGGUCAUCAUUGGUGCGUUCUUAAAAGCCCUGUCACCAUCCUAUUUUCUAAUGACUAUUAUUAGCCCAAUGGUACACUCGAGAGGAGCAGCCUAUUCGACAGGUUAUUUGGUUUGCAGGUACACCAUUAUUUGGUAUAUUUGGGGUCUUCUGGGAUAUGCCUUUGGGUUUACUCACGCAGCUGUAUCACCGUGGCGUUUGCUCUAUAUCGUCUUCGGUUCAAUCACAGCUGUUUGGGGCCUCUUUUUUGCCUUUUUCUUCCCCACCUCUCCUGAUAAAGCAUCAUUCUUGACUGAAGAUGAACGUGCAUACUCUGCACUGCUGGUCAAAGAAGCAUGCCUCGAUAUCAAGACUUAUCUUUUCUUUGCUAUCGGCAUUGCGAAUACUAUCCUAGCAGGAUCUUUGUCAAACUUCAGCAGUCUGUUGAUCAAAGGAUUCGGAUUCACCUCUGUUCAAACACAACUUAUCGGAAUUCCGUCACAUGUUAUCUAG